AUCCAACCCAAAAUUGACGCUAGCGCAUUUUUCCCUUUCUCUUUCUAUAUUUUUCUGUUCCUCAAAAAUCGAAAACACUAGUUCUACAACUCACUCACUCAGGUCUCAUAAACAUUCAACAAAUCAACAUCUACCUCUCCCUUUCUUCUUCGAUCUCUGCUCUCUACUUCUCCUACCAAUCUCCCUGCUUGCUUUUUUCAGUUGUAGGUCAGUUAUUUGUUAUUACAAUGAGCCGGCCAGCGACUCGUAACAAGAAUAAACGCAAUAGACCAGAGGAGGAAGUUGACGCGAAAUCUGAAAUCUUGAGGAGGAUUCACUCUACUGGACAAGUAACAGAUGAAGAUUUAGCACAACUCUAUAAUAUUAAAAAGAAGGUUUGCCAAGGGUGUCGUGUUAAUACGAAGGAUAAUCCAAACUGUUUCUGUGGGCUAAUUCCUCCUCUAAAUGGAAGUCGUAAAACUGGAUUGUGGCAAAAGAUAUCUGAUGUUAUUAGUUCAUUUGGUCCUGAUCCAAAUAAGGAUCUAAGAUCGUCGGUUAAUUCUCCUGCAGGCUUGACUAAUUUGGGGGCCACAUGCUAUGCCAAUAGCAUACUUCAGUUUCUUUACAUGAACAAGGCUUUUCGUGAGGGUAUAUUUUUGGUUGACCCACUUGUCCUCAAGCAGCAGCCAGUGCUGGAUCAAUUGGCACGCCUUUUUGCACAGUUGCAUGGCAGUAAGAUGGCUUUUAUUGACUCUGCACCUUUUAUAAAAGCUCUUGAGUUGGAUAAUGGUGUUCAGCAGGACAGCCAUGAGUUCCUGACGUUGCUUUUGUCCUUGCUGGAACGAUGCCUUAGCCAUUGUGGUGUCGCCGAAGGAAAAACAAUUGUUCAAGACCUUUUUAGGGGAAUUAUGUCACAUGUAACGAGGUGUUCAAAAUGUGGACAAACUUCUGAAGCUUCUUCAAAUCUGGAAGACUUCUACGAACUGGAAUUGAAUGUGAAAGGUUUGAAGAGCUUAGAUGAAAGUUUAAGUGAUUAUCUUAGUGAAGAGAAACUUGAAGGGGAUAAUCAAUAUUACUGUGAGUCAUGUGGGACAAGAGUUGAUGCUACUCGCAGUAUUAAGUUGCGCAGAUUGCCACCUGUGUUAAACUUUCAACUUAAGCGAUGUGUGUUCCUCCAAAAGACAACAACAAAGAAGAAAAUUACUUCUGCCUUUUCUUUUCCUGAGGAGCUGGAUAUGGGACAAAGGCUCGCUGAACCCACAGGAUCAGCUUUAAUUUAUGGCUUAUCUGCAGUGUUGGUUCACAAGGGAACUGCUGUCAACAGUGGCCAUUAUGUGGCUCAUAUCAAGGAUGAAAGCAGCGGGCAGUGGUGGGAGUUUGAUGAUGAACAUGUAUCAAACUUGGGGUAUCAUCCUUUUGGAGAAGGUUCGUCGUGUUCUACCUCUAAGACAGACGACAAUUCUGGUACAGAAGUUAUAAAUUCUGUUUCAAUUGAAAACAAGAUUGUUCGUGAUAAGCAUGGGUCUUCUAAUGCAAAUAAUCACGUGGAGAGAUAUUCAUCUAGCGAUGCAUAUAUGCUGAUGUAUACUCUCAGAACUAGAAGAGGUGAUCAAAAUGGGACAGUGGUGUAUAACACUAACAAUAAGCAAGUUGCGGCUAUUUCAUCUCUAGACACAAUUAGUAUCUCUCUCCCACCUCAUCUUGCUGAAGAAAUAAAAGCAUUAAAUGAUUUGUACGAUGACUCACGUGAAAAAUACAAUUCUAGAAAGGAACAAGAAGUGACUACCAUCACAGAGCGAAGACAAGAAGUUCGUUCAGUUCUCUCCGAAGCACCUGCUUUUUCUCUUGAAGAACCAUAUUUCUGGAUUUCUGUGGACUGGCUACGACAAUGGGCUGAUAACUUGACUCCUUUAGCCAUAGACAACACCAAUAUUCAGUGCAUCCAUGGGAAAGUUCCAGUGUCAAAUAUUGUUUUAAUGAAGCGGCUGUCAGCUAAAGCUUGGACUUUACUAUGUUCUAAGUACAAUGGAGGUCCUUGUCUGGGCAAAGAUGACUACUGCCUCGAUUGCUUAAUUGAUUCUGCACGUGCAAUUGUUAGUGCUGCUAGUUAUAGAGAUAGAAGGGCAAACAUGAAAGCAAUUGCGGAGUCCGCUCUUGCUGGGAACUGUGGAGAGAGUAAACUUUACUACAUUUCUAAAGCAUGGUUACAUCAGUGGUUGCGGAGAAAAGCUAGUGAUAACCCCUCCGAAGCUGAUGCAGGACCUACUUCUUCAAUACGAUGUCCUCACGGGAAACUCAUGCCCGAGCAAGCUACUGGUGCUAAGAGAGUAUUGGUUCCUGAGAUUCUCUGGAAUUUUCUGUAUGAAAACUCAAACUUGGUGAAACCAAAUGAUCAGUUGGGGUGUUCAAUUUUUUCAUCAGACGCGGAGUCAUGUACAACUUGUCGAUUGGAGCUCACUGAAGUGGCUUCUUGGGAGGACUCUCUGAGAGCAGUCAAGUUGAAACAGCGUCAGAACCAUGAGAAAUUGGCUCUUGGAAAGGGUGUUCCACUUUCUUCUGAUUGCAAGUACUACUUGUUGCCUUCUUCUUGGUUGUCAACAUGGAGAAGUUAUAUUAAUACAAGUGGCAAGAAUAUGUCAUCUACUGUCGAGCCUGAGCGCUUGGAUGGUGUUAUCACUUCGCUUAUAUGUCAAUCACAUUCUCGACUGCUGGAGAGACCUUUGGAGUUGACUUGCAAACGUGGGGUGAUAACGCAGAAGAUCUCAACUACUGAUGGCUUGAUGAUGGUAAGUGAGGAAGACUGGAAACACUUUUGUGAAGAAUGGGGUGGUAAAGAAGAUGGGGGCAUUUGGGCUGAGAUUGAAUUCAAGAACUCGGCUGAGGGAUCUUGCCAGGAGAUUUCAAUCACAGAGGAAAAUCUGAAUGAUGAUCAAAAUAAUGAGCUAGAGGCUAGGGGGCCUGUGAUUAAGACUUUUCCUGAGAUAUGCGAAGAAUGCAUUGGAGAAAGAGAAAGCUGUGAGUUGAUGCGAAGGCUUACUUAUACUAAUGAGGACAUUUGUGUUUGCUUUGUACGCGGGAAGGAACCUCCUAAAUCAAUUCUUGAAGCUUCCGGGAGCAAUUUCGAAGCUGAUCGUCGGACCUCCAAGCGUUCCAAAAAGACAUCCUUUGGAAAUUCCAAGAAUUUAAAAGUUUCAGGAUCGACGACAAUAUACCAGUUGAAGAUGAUGAUCUGGGAAUCUUUUGGGGUGGUCAAAGAAAACCAGAUACUCCACAAAGGAUCCAAGGUGAUCGAUGGGGAGUCUGAUACUCUGGCAGAUUUCAAUAUAUUCCCUGGGGAAUUGCUAUGGGUGACUGAUUCAGAAAUCCACGAGUACCGUGAUAUAGCUGAUGAACUUUCGGAGCAAAAGUCUGAGGCACGACAAGCUGAAGAAGGGUUUCGUGGAACACUAUUAGCAUCAAACUCUGCGUCGCAAGUGGACUAAAAGAUGGAUUUUUACUUUUGUCAUUUAGCCUCUAAAUCCAUGUUUUGCUCAUUCAUGGUACUAGGAGCAUGUGUUGCUUUGACGUUUUCAAGGGUGCCUUACAUUUUUGGUAAUCUAGUGGCUGUCUCUAAUUGGAUUUUUGGGGGAUUUCCUCCACAUUUUGACGAAAAUGAGGUGAAUAUGCAUGAUGUAUUGUAUUAUUGAGAAGAGAUGCGAGGGGAUCAAUUUUGGUGUGAAAGAAUCCCCUUUGAUCGGGGUUUGCAGUUAUCAGUGUGGAUUUCGUUGUAUCGUGUUGGCUAAUCCGUUCAUUGUUGAAUGGAAUUGUAAAUUUGUAGCUGUACCUAUCAACUAACUCGUCACUCUUGUUUUGGUUAAUGAAGAGUCCUUUAUUCAGCUGGAUGUGUACUUUUACAAAGCUUUUCUCCAUCACUUAUUUAUGUACCAGAAUUGAGAUUUGUCUCAGUGGGUACAAGUAUAUCUUUUCCAGCAACGUCCUGGAAUCGAAUCUACGUGGCCCUUCCUUAGGAACAGCUGACAUGGACAGUCUUGUGAUACAGCAGUACUUCCCCUAUCCCUAUGAAAAAACAUUAUCUGACUCGAAAAUAGUGAAUUUUUUUAGUUGAAAUGAUGCUUUCUUAGAGGAUCAAAGCGGCUAAUAGACUAAAGUUUUUGAGAAGAUCAAUACAAGAAGCCAUUACAAAUUAGCAGUUUCAGUGGAUUUUAGGUUAUCAAUACUCUUUUUCAAUCAGCAAACUAUCGCUCUCUAUUUCACACUGAUGAUCUCGAUCAUCAAAACGAGCAGUCUUAAUUGUUCUUUUUACUGUAUAAUAUUUAAUUGUUCUUGUUUAUUAAUUUUUAAUAUUCAUAUUGUCUAUGUCCCUACAUUAAAAGAUUAUGCAUGCCAUUUGUGAAAGGUUAAAAUUGUGGACAAAAAGAGCAAAGUCUUGGACCGUAACCUGAAAAAAUUACUAUUAUGGAUGCUCUUAUCAUUAGGCAAAGCUUACAAUACCUCCGUCACAAGCUUCAAACCAUUCAAACCUCUCAAUGUCAUUUAAUUAGUGGAAUGAGCAAUCCAACUAUUAGACUGCAUCACCGAUUCCUUCUCAUUUCUAACAAGAAUCCUUCUUGAACGAGAAGUCUUCCAUAUGUAAGAUCUUUCUCCUCAUUGCCUAAACCUACCUCCCCCUUGACUAACCUCUCUAGUGUCAUUACUUGUUAGAGUUAAAUCAAGUUUUUUCCAAGUUCUACUACUAUACUAUUGGGUAGUGAUAGAAAAGUACUAGAUUGAAUCCAAGAGGACAAGUUCGCAUUGCAUUAGACAAGUAACAUAAGGAGUUUUUGAAUGGUUUUGAUGGACGACAAGUUCAAUAAACUAACAACUGAAUUAAAGAGUAAGAUUGCGCAUUGGACUCAAUAAAAACAUUAUGAGGCUUGGUGGUUUAUCGAACAUGCAAAAAUUUUCGACUUGGCUAAGCUCAAAGUUGCAAGAGCCGGUCUAAAGGGAAUACAUAAGCUCACUUCCUCUUCUUUUAUGCCUUUCAUCCACUUUCUAUGAAAAUACAUCAAUUAUGCGGUUGGUCUGAUCAAUUUUGAAU